UCUGUAACAAAAACAACUCUCUCACUCUUCUCUUUACAAAACUUUUCAACACUUUUUCACAAGCAAUCUCUCAGAGAGAAAAAAUAUUAAAAAAAAAAACACAAAAAAUCCAAAGUUUUCAUUGUUCAAUCCAAAUCCAAUAUUCUUUUUCAUUCUCUUCACCCUUUUGAAACUCCUUUUCCUCAUUCCUCAUUGAUUCUUCAAAGUUUCAACCUUGAUCUUCAUCACCCAAUUUCCUAGCUUCUUUCAUUCAGAUUUUAGGGUUUUCACUGUAAAAGGGUCACCUUCAAGUUCAUAUUUUUUACAGGUUUUUGUUCCUUUUUUGAAGUGAUUUAUCUUAAACAGGUAAAAGGGUCAAGGAUUAUAGUGUUAGAUUUUUCAGUAGGGUCGUUGAAAAAGUAGAGGAAUCAGUAUGACAUUGUGUUUUGUGAAAAAGGGAUGGUUUUUAGCUUUGUGUUGUUUGGUUUUUAGGCUUUUAUGAAUAGUGGUUGCUUUUUUGGAAGCUUAUUUCGGAAGCAAUUAAUUUACUUCACUUUUGAAUGUGAGAGUAUUUAGUGGUAUCAUGGACUCACACAAUGUUCUCUUUUGAUCCAUUUUACCUCUUUCUCUCUUUUUUGGAUUUUUGAGUCAUUUUUACUUGUGAAAUCCGUGAAUUUGGAGUCUUUUAUUUAUGGUGUUGGAGUAGGUAGUUUUAUUAAUUUUAGUGAAAUUUGUUGUAGAUCAAGGUUAUUUAUUUGAUGGGUAGCAUUGAUGAUUUAGCAUCACAAAAGGGUCAUUGGAUUUAUGGCGAUGGUUAUCAAUAGCUUUUGAUGAUGUUUUAGUUUUAGCCUUAGUAGUGAGGUUUCACUUUCAUCAAGUUUGUAAGUGGAAUCUGUAGAGGUCAUGGUGAUGGAAGAUAUAGGGUUGUUCAAUCAAGUUUGGGGAUGGCUUCGGUCACGAAAAGAUGCCUGUUGGCGUGCUCGAACUGUGGUGGUUUGUUGUAGAGACAAAACUGCGAUGUUUAUUGAACGGCAUUGGCCGAUGGUGUGUAGGGGUUGCUCGAAAUUGGGGAGCUUACUUAAGUUAUCAUUGAUUUUUUGGAAGGACUCUGCUGUAAGGGGGUUUCAGUCUUUCAUUAAGUUUGGUUCAGUGAUGCUCUUGCUUAUAAUGUGGAGCUGCUUUCUUAGUCUGACUUCGAUGUAUUGCUUGGUUUACGUGCUUGUUAGUAUGGUUACUGCUGGGGUUGCUGUCCAAUACUUGGGUUAUACUCCUGGGCUUUUUAUCGUAGGGCUUUUUGCUAUCCUUAUUUUGUGGAUGUAUGCCAAUUUUCUGAUCACAGGAUUAUUACUCAUAGUUGGAGGUUGCUUGUUCUCCCUAAAUCGUGCACGCGUAGUGGUAUUAAUUGGAACUGCAUAUGCUAUGUACUCUGUUCAAGUAAAAGUGGGAUGGCUUGGCGUUUUCCUUGCCAUAAACCUUGCAUUUCUUUCAAAUGACAUUUUGAAUUUUCUGCUUCAAUGGUUUGAUAAUGUGAGUGAAAGUUCACAUCCUGAAGAGCAGAAGCAAUCUGAGACAGUUAUGGAAGACGACUUCGCUGAAGAGUGUGAAUAUCCUAUCCCGCCGGUUGAAUCUGAGAAUUUGCAUUCGUGCAAAUCAUCCAGUAAACCACCUGCUGUCACCACAUCAGUUGUUGAUAAGCAGAAAGAAGUUUUGGUUAACAAAGUUGUAAAAGAGCAAACAAAUUCAAUUGAUGAAAUGAGAAGGAUAUUGAAGAGUCUUAAUCAUUAUGAUGCCCUUGGAUUUAGCCGCCACAAAAAGAUUGAUGCAGCAGUUUUGAAAAAGGAAUACCGGAAAAAGGCUAUGCUCGUGCAUCCUGAUAAAAAUAUGGGCAGUUCUAUGUCAAGUGAGUCAUUCAAGAAACUUCAAUGUGCAUAUGAGGUUCUUUCUGACUCUGUGAAGAAGCGAGACUAUGAUGAACAAUUAAGAAAAGAAGAAUCCAUGGCUAAAAGUGUGUGCCAGAAAUCCCACAGCAGUUCACAUCAGGAUAAUACUGAAUAUCGUUCCGAAGAAUCCAGACGGAUACAGUGCACAAAGUGCGGUAAUUCACAUGUUUGGGUAUGCACUAACAGGAGCAAGGCCAAAGCAAGAUGGUGUCAGGAUUGCUGUCAGUUUCAUCAAGCAAAGGAUGGAGAUGGAUGGGUUGAAUAUAAGGGAUCUUUGGUUUUUGACAGGCCUCAAAAAGUCGAGAUUCCGCGUGCUUUUGUUUGUGCGGAGAGCAAAAUAUUUGAUGUAUCAGAAUGGGCUAUAUGUCAGGGAAUGGCUUGUAGGCCUAACACCCACCGACCGAGCUUCCAUGUAAACAUGGUUGGCUUGGAGAAAAGCCAUUCCUGUAACUCAAGUAGAUUCCCAUGGGAUUUGGACGCCGAAAUGAUGAUGGAUGAAGACGAAGAGGCAUUUGACCUGUGGCUUCAACAGGCUUUAGCAUCUGGUCUCUUUUGCGAGUCCUCAAAACGCAGGAAGAGUUGGAGUCCAUUCAAAUUACCUCAAAAGAAAGGGAAAAAGCAAUGGCGAAGAACGUCUUGCUGAAAAGCUCAAUAGGGAAAAUUCAUAGUUCAUUUGCCUACAUCCCUAAGGGAUUGGAUGGAGUAAACAUUUUGUUUAAGAAAAUCGAAAUGGAUUACUGAGAUCAAAACUAGAAGGAAUUGCUAGCAACACUCAGAACAAGAUGAGUCAUGAGAGCAUUGUGGUGAAUUAUAAGAGCCAAGGUUGCCAAUUUUCUUUACCACAUUUCAUAUCCAUAAAAUAUAUGUACACUAAGGUAUCAAAAGUGCAAAAACCUAGGUUUAUAGGAGUUACUCACAUUGAUCAUUAAGGUUUUCAGAACUGAGCAUGAGUCGGUUGACAAUGAUAUGUAUCCUUAAAGUAUCUCUGUUCUUAUAUUAGGAAUUAGAAAGUGCUCUUUUCAAUGGAUACUAAGGAUUUCUUUUGGUACUUUUGUAUAUACAUGCUAAUAAAAAAAAUCUCAUUUGACUUCAAAUUUGA